GUGUGACACCCGGCGGAAGUAGCAAACACACCCAUGGCUAAUCGUUAGCUUGACAGAUGUUUGGACUGAGCCGCAGGACGGUCGUGUUGUCGCGUCUCUGGUGAACAUUUCAGCGGUUUUAAGUUAAAAUGUAUUCAGUUCAUUAUCUCAGAGAGUUGAUCAGCGACAGGCUGACUGCUGCCGCCGAGGAAAUAUUCACAGAGUUUGAAAAAACCAUCGUCCAGUACGAGGAGGAGAUCGACCGUCAGCGCAGACUGCUGGAUGUCAUCUGGAAACCGCAGAUACCGUUACACACCAUAGACCUCCCACAGCAUUUUGCCAGCACAGAACAAGAACUUCUCACUUAUCAGCAGCCCUGUGAGAAGGAGAGGAACUCCAGUUUGGAACAAGAAGACUUAGAGUCUCCAUUGAUUAAAGAAGAACAGGAGGAACUGUGCACCAGUGUAGAUCCGGAGGACAUAGAACCUCUACAAAUAAAAGAGGAACAAGAGGAAAUCUUCACCAGUGUGGACCAGGAUGAUCCAGAGGUUCUCCAGAUCAAAGAGGAACAAGAGGAACUCUGCACCAGUUUGGGCCAGGAGGAACCUGAGCUUCAACAGAUGACCGAUGAACAUGAGGAACCUUCCACCAGUCAGGAGAUAAGGCAGAUUAUAGUGAAGCAGGAAAUUGAUACCUUUUUUGUGACACCAGCAUAUGAGGAAAGUGACCACGGCGACAUCUCUCCCAUGUCAGAGAGUCACUGUGAUAGUGAUCCUGGUAAAAAGUCAGUAGAAUGUGAUGUCUGUGGAAAAGCCUUUAAAGAUAAGGCCCAGAUGAAGAAACAUUACAGAAUCCACACAGGUGUGAAGCCAUACCUUUGUAGCACAUGUGGGAAAAAUUUUAGCUGUAGCUCUCACCUAAAAGUCCACACGAGAACUCACACAGGUGAAAAGCCGUAUUCUUGUGAAAUCUGUGGAAAAAGUUUCAGAAGUAACGAUAACUUGCUGGUACACAUGAGAACGCACACGGGCGAGAAACCGUAUUCCUGUGAAACAUGUGGGAAAAGUUUCAGUCACUGCAGUAAUUUAACUGUACACAUGAGAAGUCACACAGGUGAAAAGCCGUAUUCUUGCGAAACAUGUGGAAAAAGUUUUACUGUUAGUCGUAGUUUGAUGGUCCACAUGAGACUCCACACAGGUGAAAAGCUGUACCUGUGUAAUACCUGUGGAAAAAGAUUUACCGAUUUAACAACAUUUAAAAGGCACACAGCAAUCCACACAGGUGUGAAGCCGUAUUCCUGUGAAACUUGUGGGAAAAGUUUUACUUACAGUAGUAACUUGAAAGUCCACAUGAGAACGCACACAGGAGAGAAACCACAUGUUUGUAACUUCUGUUGGAAAAGAUUUGCUGACACAUCAGCACUUAAAAGGCACACAGCCGUCCACCAAGGUGAGAAGCCUUAUUCUUGCGAAACAUGUGGGAACGGUUUCAGACGACGGGAUAACUUGUUGCUUCACAUGAGCACUCACACCGAUGAAAAGCCUUAUCCUUGUGAAACAUGCGGGAAAAGUUUCAGAAGUAAUGAAAACUUGUUGCUUCAUGUGAGAACUCACACAGGUGAGAAGCCUUAUUCUUGCAAAACAUGUGGGAAAAGUUUCAGUCAUUGUAGUAAUUUGAUUGUCCACAUGAGAACCCACACGGGUGAGAAACCAUACCUAUGUACCACUUGUGGAAAAAGAUUUUCUGUCCCAUCAGUGCUUAAAAGUCACAUGAGAAUCCACACAGGUGAGAAGCCGUACACGUGUAACACCUGUGGGAAAAGCUUCACGGUCUCAUCAGCACUUGAAAGACACAAAGCCAUCCACACGAGUGAGAAGUCUGUGAAAGAAGCUGGAAAAGAUAUUGGUUCAAAAGAGGAUGUUUAAAACUGAAAGCACCUUUAUACUCUGCUUCAGCUGCUAUCCAUAGAUUCAAUGAGUUAAACCGUGGGCAACAUGAGCCCUGAUUCUUAAGACCUAUUCGCACAGGAUCAGUGUUACCUGUUGACCUCUGGUAAUAUGUGAAUUACCCCAGGAUGUCUGUGUUUCUCGAAGUGCAUUCACACGGGAUAAGCAAAGUCUGUAUUUUACUCAAAUUUACUGAUAUUACAGCCUGGAUAUGAUGUCAAAUCUCACAACAUCCGCUGUUGUCAUGUCCAUCAUAGACAUAUGAUUUCCAUGUGUAAAGUGGCCAACCGCUAAUUGCAAAAAAAUAAAGGCACCGGUCGCAUGAAUAGACUUUAAAAACAUUAAAAGCGUAUGUUGCCACAAUGUUAUUGUUAGGAUGUCUUUAGCUUUGGCCACAAAAAACACUUCAUUAGGUUUACAGAAAGCUUGUGGUUCGGGUUAAAAUGAUCACUUUUAAGGUGGUAUGUAGUCAUCAUGGCAACAGUAAACAUGUCAAAGCAGCGUGACUUGAGAACAGCGGGCAGCGUUGUCGGGAUAACGGGCCAUCGGGAUGUUUGGAUUCAGCCUGUUGAAAGAUCUGCUUACCGCACGCUGCUAUGCAUGUCAUCUAUCUCUAUAUCCUCCUAAAUUUCCCUCUUCUUGUUGAUCUGAUUUUGCCGUUUCUGUAAAUGCUCCACAGGCCUGUUGUGUAUCGGUCUACUCCUGCAUUUACUUUACAGAUUAGUGACAUGGUGUAUUCACACCGGAUUAAGAUCCCCAACAUCCUCCACAAUUAUUACAAAUCACCAGAGGUCCCCAGGUAGUACUGAUCCUCUGAGAUUAGGGCUUUAGCCUGUUUUUGCUCAUGUUGUGAAAAAUGAAGUACAGUGAAACAGCUGUUAAGUUUAUUUCUGCUGUGUACCAUUUGAUGUGCUGACAAGUAUUACUUUGAUACUGAAGAGAUCUUAAAACCUGAGGAUUCUCGGGCAUCUUAUGAACUGUUAUAGCUUCUGCACCUUCAUGGUAUUUCACAUUAUCUCUUUAAUCUCUUUGCCAACUUGAGUGUCUUCUGACUUCUUUGUACCUUCAUUUUAUUUAAUUACUUAGCAUGUCUGAUGAUUAUAUCUGUUUGAUAUUGUUUCAGACCUUAAAGGUGACACAAAUCGUAGAAGAUGUACAACAUGUUGUUGUGAGAGGCACUUUAUAAAUAAAGUCACAGAAGUUUGAAACGGACAAUAAUACUUUUAGUGCUUUUCAUUCAAACUGAUGGACUAAAUAACUAUUGUAACUAUGACUGUCAUGAGCUGAAAAUUCUUGACAUUCUGGGGUUUUCUUUUUGAGAGUAUGUGAUUCAUCUGGUCAUCAAUAUAUUUCUCUUCUUUUUUUGCCGCGUAGUUUCAGACUGAACAUAAGUGUUAUGUCUUUAAAUUCAAGUCUCUUGGCAGUUAUCUUGGUAAAACCAUUGGCCUGGCAGACCGGCCUAACGACAUGACGGGACAGAGUCAUAACUGUGAUAACAAUGACUGCCAGGACCUGAAAACUGCAUGUACAGCAUAAAAUAAACAUGUAAAUGUCUGGCAAUAGAAUGCAGGAAUGACACACUUAAUAAAUAAAAAAUGACGAAUGGA